AAUGCGAUGUGUCUAAAAAGUGUAGUGGGCGGGUGAUGGUGCUCAGAUAUUAUUGGUGGAUGAAUCACACGCAGCACUAUAUCACAGUUUAACACCGUCUUUAGUUCACUUACGUGUUCACACACUUAAAGUGCUGUUCUCUGAAAAUGCUUCACACGUUUAUUUUGUUCUGUUUGUGUCUGGUUGGUGUGUUUGGUGUUCAUGCAUUGGAGUCAGUGUCGGUUCUGGAGGGAGAUUCAGUCUCUCUAGACUCUGGUUUAACUAAAAUAACAGAUGAAGAUCUGAUUAUGUGGAAGUUUGGAGCUGAAAACACUUUAAUAGCUAAAAUCGAUGUAAUGGUCGGCAGUGCUACUGUAUAUGAUCAUGUUCUUGAUGAGAGAUUCAGAGACAGACUGAAGGUGGAUCAUCAAACUGGAUCUCUGAUCAUCACUAACAUCUCAACUCUACACACUGGAGAAUAUCAACUACAGUCCAGCAGUGUGAGAAAGAACUUCAGUGUCUCUGUCUACACUCGUCUUCCUGUUCCUGUCAUCAGCAGUAACUCUUCACAGUGUUCAUCUUCAUCAUCUUCAUCAUCAUCAUCUUGUUCGUUGAUGUGUUCGGUGGUGAACGUGGGUCAUGUGACUCUCUCCUGGUACAAAGGAAACAGUUUAUUGUCCAGCAUCAGUGUGUCUGAUCUCAGCAUCAAUCUCUCUCUACCUCUGGAGGUGGAAUAUCAGGAUAAAAACACCUACAGCUGUGUGAUCAACAACCCCAUCAGAAACCAGACCACACAUCUGAACAUCAGUCAGCUCUGUCACACGUGUUCAGACGUACACAUCCAUCAUUGUGCUACAGUUGAAGCUGUGAUCCGAUUGGUCGUCACUGCUCUGGUGGGCGUGGCCGCUGCAGCUGCUGCUGUUCUUCUCAUCAACGACAUCAGAUCUUCAAAAGAUUAACUAAUUCCUUCGGUAUUUGCUAACAGGUUACGGAAAGGGUUAAAUAACAAUCAGUAAAUAUCAAACAGGCUUUCUAAAAGAUUUUCACAAAACUGAUAAUAAUAGGUUUAGACUGGGAAUGAAGAAGAUGGUGAACAUUAAUUUUUGUUUAAAGCUAAAAGUCUUUCAUAUACACAUGUGUAUAUGAAAUACUUUUAGCUUGGUUUCGGAGCCAAGUCAUAAAGUGCCUUAGAGUCAAAAAGGUUUUGAAUUCUGUAUUUUAACGUAGUCUUUUUAACUUUGAUGGCCGGUAAAUGCUGUGUGAAAAAUAACUACUGAGCUUUUGCUGAAUGAUUGCUGAAUCUUGGCCUUCAACAUUUUAGUAUUCUUUGUACAUAUUGGUGUAAGAUUUCAUAAUAGAUACCUGUGUUUAUCUCUUUUAUAUUACUUUUUAUAUUCUCUCAUUUCAUUGGUCACCGUCAUAUCUUACGUGUCUUGUAUUUACGAGUACGCUUGAAAUAUAGUAAUACCUGAUGAAUUUAUGCUGGUCAAGAUUUAUAACUAUGAAGCUGGUUUUAUUUUGAUAUAUAUAUAUAUUAUAAUACAAUGAAAUGUGAUAAUUGCCAAUAAAAACAAGUCUGAUUCUCU